AUGAGCCACAGCGCAAUGCCUGAUUCAAUUGCUGAUGACGAUGAAGCCUGGCAGCCGACGAUUACCGACCCGUACUUCUUUGACUCCGACUAUACUAUUGCCGGCUCCACGGGCUUCCUCCUCUGGGAGGCAAACUGGCUCGUGCUGCGGCUGCUGCGCCCUGAGCCGAAUGGUCUGCUUGCCAGGGAGCCGCAUAAACGCUCCAUAGACCAAGCUAUUCCUUCUGAUUUCCCCCUCCAACGGCACCCGCCCUCAUGCGACUUGAGACGUCUGCUUACCGGCCACCGGGUGCUGGACCUGGGCUCGGGCACAGGCCUAGCAGGGCUGUGCGCAGCAGCCUGCGGUGCACACGUGUUGCUCACUGACCUUGCUUCGGUCUGUGAAGGCACACUACGGGCCAACGUACAGCGUAACGCCCUGCCUGCUAUCUCAUCCGCUGCAACUGGCUCGAGCCGGGAGCCACAAAACGCAUUACCUAGCAAUACACCUCCCAAGGCGGUGAAAGAGGCCCAAGGGAAGGGGGAGGCCGAAGAAGAAAGCAAAGUGGAGGAUUCCGGCCUGGAGGCAGGCCACGGGGCUGGCCCCUGGGCGGGUGCCGUACGGGUGGGUCAGGGCAGCGCGGCGGUGAUAGCCCUGGACUGGACGGAGCCCCUGGAACCGCAAGUGCGGGCGGGCGGCAACGACCCAAGGGACGCUGACUUCAUACUUGCCGUGGAUACGAUAUGGCUUUUGGAUAUCUUCCACGCUUUCAUCGGCGUCGUACUGGCCGUGUUGUCACAUGGCCAAGCCGGCACUACUCCCAACGCCGCAGCUGCCGCACCGCCACCACCAUCACCGUCGAGUGACAGCGGCGAGGACCCCGCUCGGCGCCACGGGCAUCACCGCCAUCACCAUCAGCGUGCCUGCUUCCUGGCGUUUGUGGAACGGGCCGGCGAGGAAUCCAAGUUAUUCAUCCGCAUAGACACCGUGAUUUCAGAGCUGCAGACUCGGGGCUGCAAUGUGGAGGUGAUUGUAGCGGAGGACGUGGAUGUGGAUGGGGUGAUGAGGCCAGGACGGGUGCUACGGGUAACGCUGCGUUAGGUAUAUCAGUUGUAAGAUGUCGAGGGCGUAGGGACCACUCAUCCUGGUGGCUGCAGGAGGUGGGCUGUAAUGUCCCCUUACGUCUGCAAGUCAUGCCUCCCAGUCAUAAUCUCUUCGUGGUGCGGCCAACCGAAGCCUGAGCCUUCAACGUUACACAGCGACACGGACCGGGUCACUAGAGAGGGUAGUUCAGACUGGUAGGCAUAGCAGAAACCCUCGACACGGUCAGGCCACCACAUGGCAUCCUGAGGUCGGAUUUCAACCUUACACAUUGUCGACUUGCCUUCUCCUUCAACAUGUAACGAGCCCAUACGAGCCGGGGGUUCCGAGGGCCAGACAAGGAUUCCUUGGUUCGCGCGACCCACGGAUCAUCACUUGCUGCUGCGUGCAGCAGCGUUUACUUUUACAUAAGCGAAGCCGCUGACGAAUGGAAUCCUUGUCCUCGGAAAUAGCAAGAGAUAUGCGGGACCCUGCCCUGUGUGCGCGCAUUUAAUCGUUCACACGUGCCGGCUUGCUUCGUGAUGACCCUCCAAUGCACGUUCGCCAAAGCGCAGAGAUGCCAAAAAUGUAUUGCUGAUCGUGCAAGCUGAGUUAUUUACGUAACAAAAAAAUUGCGUUUGCACAUACGAUUUCGUAACGCGGAUCCAACAGCUAUGCGUAAG